UCACGACGUUUUGUAUCUCACGACCAAUUAGUAGGAAUAGUAGUAAGCAGUCUUUUUGUGCCGAUUGGCUUAAGAUAGAGUAAGCGCGGUUUUCAAAGUUGUAACUGCAGUUACAGCAAUAAAUUUGUAUUAAGAGAUUGACGUGUUUGGAAAAAGUGAAGUUAAAGCAAAAUCUCAGUUGGAUUUUACUGUGGGUUACUUUCUCGUAUUUUGUGUUAAGUUGGGUGCAUACAAUCAGCAUGUCUAACCAGAAUACUUCAGUACUCAAAAAGGAUGAUAAAGGCAAGAAUAUCCAGGUUGUUGUACGGUGCAGGCCUUUUAAUGCAAUGGAAAGGAAGUCGAAUUCUCACUGUGUAGUAGAAUGUGAAUCCUCAAGAAAAGAAGUUGGUGUACGCACAGGAGGCAUGACUGACAAAGCAGGAAGGAAGACCUACACGUUUGAUAUGGUUUUUGGACCAUCAGGAAAACAAAUUGAUGUCUAUAGGAGUGUAGUAUGUCCCAUUCUGGAUGAAGUAAUCAUGGGUUACAACUGCACAAUAUUUGCGUAUGGACAAACUGGAACUGGUAAAACCUUUACAAUGGAAGGUGAAAGAUCACCCAAUGAAGAAUAUACCUGGGAAGAGGAUCCCUUGGCUGGUAUCAUUCCUCGUACUCUACAUCAAAUCUUUGAGAAACUGACUGAGAGUAAUACAGAAUUUUCUGUUAAAGUCUCCUUGUUGGAGAUUUACAAUGAGGAAUUGUUUGAUCUGCUAAGCCCAUCUCCUGAUGUUGGGGAGCGACUACAGAUUUUUGAUGAUCCUCGAAACAAGAGGGGAGUUAUUAUUAGAGGCUUGGAAGAGGUGACUGUGCACAAUAAGGAUGAAGUUUACCAGAUUCUUGAGAGAGGGGCAGCUAGAAGAACCACUGCAUCAACGCUAAUGAAUGCCUAUUCCAGUCGUUCUCACUCUGUGUUCUCUGUUACAAUUCAUAUGAAAGAAAUGACUAUUGAUGGUGAAGAACUUGUUAAGAUUGGAAAGCUGAACUUGGUUGAUCUUGCUGGAAGUGAAAACAUUGGCCGCUCUGGUGCUGUUGAUAAGAGAGCUCGUGAGGCUGGUAAUAUCAACCAGUCUCUACUGACUUUGGGCAGAGUGAUAACUGCUCUUGUGGAGAGGACUCCUCAUGUUCCAUACCGUGAAUCCAAGCUAACUCGAAUUCUGCAGGAUUCCCUUGGGGGAAGAACAAAGACCUCCAUUAUUGCUACAAUUUCUCCAGCAUCUAUAAAUUUGGAGGAAACUCUUAGCACUUUGGAAUAUGCCCAUAGAGCAAAGAACAUAAUGAAUAAGCCUGAAGUUAACCAGAAACUCACAAAGAGAGCCCUUAUCAAGGAGUACACUGAAGAAAUUGAGAGAUUAAAGCGAGAUCUUAGUGCAGCUCGUGAGAAGAAUGGAGUAUACCUUUCUUCAGAGAAUUAUGAAGUUAUGCAAGGUAAACUUGUGUCGCAAGAAGAUCAGAUCAGUGAACUGACUGAGAAAAUUAGUGCACUUGAAGAAGAACUAAAAAUGGUUCCUGGCGUUUUUUCUACCAUUCGUGGUGGACUUUGGUUUUUUGGUUGGAUUCCAGGACAUUUGCUUGCAUUAUUGGUAGUAUUUCGUUAUGGAUUCCCUGCACGAGAUGUUGGACUCUCUAUUACACGUGAAGAGGUUGAUAAAAUACACUCUGAAAUGGCAAUUAUUAAGGGCGAAAUAACUCUCCUAGUGGAACUUUUGACACCGCCUUCUACUGUGCAUAUCAACUUAGCGCAUCCUAACUCCAACGCUAUGACGUCGAUUCGGUCCUCCAUGGGCAACGGCAGCGACGAGGAGAUCCCGAAUGGGCAGAGGAGACAUUCUUCUCCUUUAUUGUCAAACUGCACGCCAAGGAAGAACGACAAAGACAACAUGGUGAGGCACAGGAGUGCUACUAAUGUUACUAGCCAGUCGGUUAGUCAGGAUGAAGAUGUUUAUCUUAUAUCAGGCGCAAAACCAAAACGGCUACCACCUGUACGGACUUAUGCUAUGGAAGAGAAAAUUAGUGGCGCCAAACACAAAUAUGGCAAAGGUACUGUUUUUCAGCAUUCUCCUACGGGGGAUGUAGAUUGCGCUAACAUUUUAGACAAAUGCAUGCAAAUGCCUUUUGAAUUUGAUGACAGUACUGAACUUAAUGUUAAAAAUAAACGUGUGGGAGGUGAGGAGCAUUUCACCUCACUUAAGGAACUUAUCUAUAGUUUUGGUAACAAGUUGACCAAAAUUAAAAGUAUUCAGGUAGACAAUAUGUAUCUUCGAGAUGUCCACUUACUGGAGUCUCGUGCCAUACGUCUUUCUUUUUCGAGAGUGUUAGAGGAAGUUGAUGGAGAGGGGUUGUUAAAGCACCCUUUUCAAGAGGCGUUUAGUGACCAGGGUGUGCUCCUUAGCACUGUGGAAGUUAGCACAAAAGACAUAUUUGGUCUUCACGCCAAACUGGAUCGCAAGAGGAAUGUUGACCAACAUAAUGCAGUUGUCCAGGAGACUUUUGCAGAGCGGAUGAGCAGGGUGUUUGAAGUGCUGCAGGAAUCUGUUGAUGAACAGAGCAUGAAGUACCAAGGCAUGCUAGAGUUGUAUACCACAUCAAUUGGGGAUCUUCUCAAUGCUAAUAGUGAAAUUUUGACCAGCACUAUAGCUACAAUCUUCCAGUCCUUUUCUUCAAUAAAGGAAGUAGUUUCUUGUGGCAUAAGUGAAAAUAUUAAUGAAAUACUUCACCAGGAAUCAUUGUCACUGGAAACGAAGCAAAAUCUGCAGAAAAAAAUGGAAGAACACAAAUACGGCAUGGAAAGAGUCGUACAUUCCACUCUUUUGCCUGGAGUUGCAUCGUUAAUGAAACUGAAUGAUUCAUUGGUGCUGACAUUCCAGAACUGUAAUGCUUUAGCUGAUCAGAUCAAGUGCCUGAGGAUGGAUAUGAGCACAUUUUUUAUGGAGCACUUUGAUAACCUCAGCAAAAUCAAAGAAGAUAUCAGUGUGACACUGUCUGCCCUUCAGAGAGACUGUGAGAGCCUGCAGGAGGAAAUAAACAGAUCCAAUGCAGAGCACACAGAGAGUCUGAGUCAAAUGAAUUCAUUUUUACAAGGCCAGAUGAACUUGCACUGCUUGAAAGCCCAAGAGCACUUUGACAACAUGUUGACAAGAAGUGAAGCUGUCAAGAUUACAGUUGGUGCUUUACACAACAGUAUACAGAUGCAAUCCACAAAAGCUAUGGAAGAUGUUACGUCCCAUAAAGAAAAGUUUACUACUUCAGCUGACAAUGUUGCAGUGGAUAUAUUAAAAGUUGGUGAUGAAGGCUUGAGGAUAGUAGAGAAGUGCACAGAGUCCUGUGGUAAUCUUUGCUCUGCCAUCAAGACAGCUGGACAGGAAACAGAACAGUUCUACGCUUCCACAACCGCGGACAUUGUGUCAUUUGCAGACCAGCAAGUUUCUUUCUUGACCUGCAAAAAGUCAAAACUGAGAAAGCUGCAGCAGAAUAUUGAGAAGAGCUGUGAUUCAUCAGUUGAUAAAACUACAGAAAAAGUGAAAAUGCACCAGAAUACUGAACAGUGUGCACUGAAUGUCUUGGUAGACCAAAUAAAGGACGACCAGGAUAUGUUUGCGGCUUUCCAGUUGGAAUUGAAUGAACACCUGGAGAAAGGCCAGGAAAAUAUUUCUUGCUUUCUAAAAGAGGAGCUUAAAAAAGACACCCCAACAGGCAUCAAGGCGGUGUACUUAACUAGCCAGUUUCCAUAUUUACUGAAAGUGAGAGUUCCUGGCCCUUGUCUUGGUUUCUUUUUUCACACCGGAAAUCUGUGUGCAGCCGUCUUGGAAGAUGAAAAGAUGGAUUUUGUUGAAGAGCAAUCUGUGGUCUCAUGUAAUACUGAUAGCACAAGCUCUGAAAGAUCCCGCAGUGAUGACAGUGUAGUAUGUCAGGAAAAUGGUGGAGUCCCAUUUUUCCAGCAUAAAAAAAUUACUAAAAAGGAGAAAGAAAACAGACAGAAUUCAGCUUUACAGGAAAAGAUAAAGCUUGCUGAAGAAAGUGCAGGUCAAGUCACACCAAGAUCAAAGCUUCCACUCAGAAUACAGAAUUAAUUAAAUAUUUGCUCAUUUAAUUGUAUGUAGUUUUUACUGUACGUUUUAUACUGUCUUUCUAUCUGAAAAAUACCUUUUGGUGUAACUGUAUUGUUGCAUUUUUAUGUAUGCUCAGUCUGUUCGCUGAAUGUCUGAACAGUGUGUUCAAGUACUGUACGAUAGAUGUCAAUUUGUGAUGCAGGGACUUCAGUACUGUAACUUUGAUUAUUUCCUGAAGCUGAAAAGCUUUUUUGUAAAUCUGUCUUGUCUUGUGUAAUUUUAAUGUUCACAGCUUGACUUUAUAAAAUAUUAAGUGCAUCUUGUAAUAUUUAAGAAUGGCUUACAUUUUCUACCCUAUAACAUGGAAUUUCCCUUUCGAUUAUUUACAGAAAAGAAAUUAUCAAAUAUUCACUCUUAUUUUAUAGCUUUUAAUAGCCCAUUUCAAUAAAAUAUGGAAAUAUUUACUAUA